UGAAGAAGUUGCAGUGCAAAUUUGCCGCUUCAUCGGAUUUGGAAAUGGCCGCCAUUUCAAUUUGCUUUGCUCCGCAAGCUCUUGCUCGGCCCAGAAUUCGAAACCCUAGAAGAAUACAGUCGCCCAAGAAGCUUCGAGGGAACGACAAGCUUGAUCGUAGUAGCGUUAAGAUAAGAACCAAUUCGAAGGAGUUAUCUUCCAUUGGCGUUGAAGCCACUACCUAUACUCGCCUCCCUCCCAGGGAAGACUUCGCUCUUCUUAGCUUUGAUUCCCCGUCUUUUGAUUCUACUUCUUCUUCUUCUUCUUCGAAGGUUUCGUCCGAGGUGAAGCUUUUGGAUUCGGAUGUUGCGAUAAUUGAGGAGGAAAAUGAUUUGGAUUCUUUGAACUACGAAGAGAGGGAGGAAAAAGAGGAAGGAGGAUUGGAUGGGAAUUUGGCUUUUGGGAAUGGCUAUGGGAAGUUUGAAGUGUUUGAGGGGGAAUAUGACUCUGAAAUGGAGGAGUAUGGCGAUGAUAGUGAAGUGGAAGAGGAAGAGGAAGAGGAAGAGGAAGAGUUAGAUGAGGAAGGAGAGAAGGUUUUGGCAUUUAGGAAGGGAAGAUUUGUUGAUACUGAUGAAGUGGAAACCUAUUAUGAUGGUGCUUAUGAAGCUGGCGAAGAAGAUGUGAAGGAGAAGGGGCUGCCAGCAGUAAUGCGGUGCUUUGAUCGAGCGAAAAUCUAUGUGAAAGCUGGAGAUGGUGGCAAUGGCGUUGUGGCAUUUCGGCGCGAGAAGUAUGUGCCGUUGGGUGGCCCUUCAGGAGGAGAUGGAGGGAGAGGUGGGAAUGUGUAUGUUGAAGUUGAUGCGUCGAUGAAUUCGCUAUUGCCAUUUCGAAAUGGUAUACAUUUUCGUGCAGGAAGGGGUAGUCAUGGGCAGGGGAGAAUGCAAAACGGGGCGAAGGGUGAGGAUGUGGUGGUGAAAGUGGCCCCUGGAACAGUGAUAAGAGACGCAUUUAGCCAAGAGAUUCUGUUGGAAUUGUUACAUCCGGGGCAGCGGGCUCUGUUGCUGCGCGGUGGAAGAGGUGGAAGAGGCAAUGCAUCAUUCAAAUCCGGGUCAAAUAAGGUUCCGAAGAUUUCAGAAAAUGGAGAAGAGGGUUCAGAAAUGUGGUUGGAGUUGGAGCUAAAGCUUGUUGCAGACGUUGGAAUCGUCGGGGCACCAAAUGCAGGGAAAAGCACACUUUUGAGCGUGAUAAGUGCUGCACAGCCAGCCAUAGCAAAUUACCCUUUUACUACCCUACUCCCAAACUUGGGUGUUGUAUCUUUUGACUAUGACUCAACUAUGGUGGUAGCAGAUCUUCCAGGAUUACUUGAAGGGGCACACGAGGGGUUUGGCUUAGGCCAUGAAUUUCUACGUCACACUGAAAGGUGUUCUGCACUGGUGCAUGUGGUCGAUGGGUCAGGACCACAACCUGAAUAUGAAUUUGAUGCUGUUCGUUUGGAGUUAGAGCUCUUUAGCCCCGAACUAGCUGAAAAGCCCUAUCUUGUUGCCUAUAAUAAAAUGGAUCUUCCUGAAGCUUACGAAAACUGGCCAGCAUUCAAGGAAAAGCUUCAAGCUCGUGGGAUUGAAACUUUUUGUAUGAGUGCCGUACAAAGAGAGGGCACUCAUGAAGUCAUCAGUGCUGCAUAUCAGCUACUAAGGGAAACUAAAGAAGCCAGGGAAUUUCAAGGUGGGAAAAUACCAGAGAAUCUGGACUAUGUGGCAGAUAGAAUACACAAGCAACGUAGUGCUUCUAUUGAUGACUUUGAAAUUGUUCGUGAUAGCGGUUCCUGGCAUGUAGUUGGAUCUGGUUUACAACGAUUUGUUCAGAUGACAAAUUGGCGGUAA